GUCAGUCAUUUGCUGUGGUUAAUCUGGAAAUGGGGGAGUGCGUACUCCAAGGUGUUGUUGCCGAAUUUCAGUGAACCUUUGCAUUAUUUGUUGGAUUUGUCCGUUUUGACAGCGCUACGAUGGACUGAUUUAACACUUACGAGGAGCGUGAACAAUUGAAGUGCAGUCAUGUUCGGCCGGUCCAGGAGCUGGGUGGGAGGACAGGGGAAGUCCAAGAGCAUCCACUCUUUGGAGCAUUUAAAGUACAUGUAUCACGUCCUGACAAAAAACACCACGGUGACCGACCACAACAGAAAUCUCCUGGUGGAAACCAUUCGCUCCAUAACCGAAAUCCUUAUUUGGGGUGACCAGAAUGACAGCUCCGUCUUUGAUUUCUUUUUGGAGAAGAACAUGUUCGCGUUUUUCCUGAACAUCCUGAGGCAGAAGUCUGGCCGCUACGUCUGCGUCCAGCUUCUGCAGACCCUCAACAUACUUUUUGAGAACAUAAGUCACGAGACCUCGCUCUAUUACCUGCUGUCCAACAACCAUGUGAACUCCAUCAUCGUCCAUAAGUUUGACUUCUCCGACGAGGAGAUCAUGGCAUACUAUAUCUCCUUCCUGAAGACCUUGUCCCUGAAGCUUAAUAAUCACACCGUACAUUUCUUCUAUAAUGAGCACACCAAUGAUUUUGCCCUGUACACGGAGGCCAUAAAAUUUUUCAACCACCCAGAGAGCAUGGUCAGGAUUGCGGUCAGGACGAUCACACUAAAUGUGUAUAAAGUGUCAUUGCACAACCAGCACAUGCUGCACUACAUCCGCGACAAGACAGCUGCACCCUACUUCUCCAACUUGGUGUGGUUCAUCGGGAGCCACGUCAUCGAGCUGGACAAGUGUGUGCAGACGGAUGAAGAGCACAGGAACCGGGGCAAGUUAAGUGACCUGGUCGCUGAGCACCUGGACCAUCUGCACUACCUGAACGACAUUCUCAUCAUCAACUGCGAGUUCCUCAAUGACGUCCUCACUGACCACCUACUCAAUCGCCUCUUCUUGCCCCUCUAUGUCUACUCCCUGGUCGGCAGUGAGCAGUCAGAAGACCGCAAAAUAAGUCCCCAGGUGUCUCUGUACCUCCUGUCUCAGGUGUUCCUCAUCAUCCAUUACCAGCCACUGGUGAACUCGUUGGCCGAGGUGAUCUUGGACGGGGACCUGUCAGUGUUCUCAGCCCAGGCCGAGCAGGACGCCCAAAAGACAAUGUCAAAUGCGAGCGUCCGGCGCUUCACUAAACCUGCGGAAAGUUUGGAACGCUCGCUGGAGAUCAACCGGCAGCGAGGCCGCAAGAGGGCACCGAAGAGGCCCAACUACAAGAAUGUGGGCGAGGAAGAGGAGGAGGAGAAGGAACCCGAGGAAGGCUCGGACAACCCAGAGAAGGCUAAAGGUACAGAGGCUAGCUUGAAGGGCGGCAAGACGAGUGGGGAGAUGGAAGAGAUCGAGAUGGUGGUGAUGGAGAAGUGCAAGGUGUCCGAGCCUUCGGCGCCAACGGAGCAGAACAUCACGGACGAGGAGAAGACAGCGGCGGCUGCAGCGGGCACCAGCGGCCAGCGGAGCAGGCCGUUCCUGGACAUGGUGUACAAUGCACUGGAUUGUGCAACAGAUGAUUACUACGCCCUCUUUGUGCUCUGUCUGCUGUACGCCAUGUCCCACAGCAAAGGUAUCGACCCGCAGCUUCUGCAGAAGAUCCAGCUGCCCGUGCAGGACCAGGAGAGGAGCUGCUACAGCCAGGUGUUAGUUGAAAGGCUCAUCAUGGUGAUGAGUCAGGCCUCUCAGCCCGACGGCAAGGUGCGUCUGGCAACCCUGGAGCUGACCUGCCUACUGCUGAAGCGCUCCGUCGUGGCCUUCUCCGGCUGCAUCAUCAAGGACGUCCAUCUGGCCUGUCUGGAGGGCGCCAAAGAGGAGAGCCUUCAUCUGCUGAGAAGAUUUUACAAGGCAAGCCCCCGCCCCCCCCAUCGGCACACAUUUGUACAUUCUCUGGUAAAAGGUCUUGGGUUCAAAUCCCUUUGGCUAGCAGAGCAGUGGUAUCAGCAGUGGGUCCCGACGCUGCCAUGCAUUUCCUGUAACCGCAAUAAUCUCACGAUGGCCAUGUACCUGCAGAGCAAACCCCUCAACGUAGAAUACCUGAUGAUGGAUGCCUCUGUACUGCUGCCCCCUACUGGGACCCCGUUGACGGGCAUCGACUUCGUCAAGCGCCUGCCAUGCGGAGACGUGGAGCGGACGCGGAGGGCCAUCCGCGUUUUCUUCAUGCUGCGCUCGCUGUCGCUCCAGCUGCGGCGGGAGCCAGAGACACAGCUGCCCCUCACGCGUCCAGAGCACCUCAUCAAGAUGGACGACGUGCUGGAUCUCAGUGAGUCACACACGCACACGCACACGCACACGCAUCACGGCCUCACUUCCUGUCACUUCUUUAAAAGCCCUCCGGGGGUUAUUUUUAAAUUCUCUGACUCAUCUUUCCUUGACACGGCCGGCAGCUGUAGCUGCGGGGGCCUGAGGGGGGCGCCUUUCCUGUCUGCGCCAGGCGCUUUACUGGACGACAGCAGAGCCCUGAACAUCACUAUCCACAAGCCCACGUCCAACCCGCAUGCUAAGCCGUUCCCCAUCCUGCAGGCCAGCUUCGUGUUCGCCGACCACAUCCGCUGCAUCAUAGCCAAGCAGCGGCUGGCCCAGGGCCGCAUCCAAGCCCGGCGCAUGAAGAUGCAACGUAUAGCCGCUCUCCUGGACCUACCCAUCCAGCCAGCCUCGGAAGCUGUGCUGGGCUUCAGCCAGACAUCAGCACAGCAGCUGCCCUUCCGCUUCUACGACCAGUCUCGGCGUGGCCUUUGCGAGCCCCCCGGAACACGCUCCGUCUUCACCUCCGUCGACAAGGUUCCAGGCUUUGCGGUAGCCCACUGUGCCGGGCCUGCAGGCCCCUCCCCCCUGUCGUCACCGUCCCCACCCUCCAGUGGCAGCACAGGUCGCUGUGACUCAGUCACUGCCAGCACUGCCUCCGGCUCUGCUCAGUCGGCCACCCAGAGCCCCUCAGAUGAUGCCUCGUUCUUGGACCAAACCAACUACUGUCCCCCUGGUGAGGCGGAGCCUAUGGAGACACCGGGCCCCACCCCUCAGCAGCAGGCCACGCCCCCGACACUGGCACCCAGCCUGACCCCGGCGCCCCAGCCCACCAUCUCCCUGUUCCUGGACAAUGGUUCUGACACCCUGAGCGUGGAGUCCCUGACACUGCUGCCUCCAGCUGACCCCCCCAGCCUGCGCUGUUUGGCUAACCCCCCUGAGGUCCGUGGGGGGGGGCUGCCCCACCCUGAAGAGGAGAUAGAGGAGGAGAAGGAGGCGAAAGAGGAGGAGAAGGAGGCGAAAGAGGAGGAGAAGGAGGCGAAAGAGGAGGAGAAGGAGGCGAAGGAGGAGGUAGAGGAGGAGGAGGUAGAGGAGGAGAAGGAUGAGGAGGAGAAGGAUGAGGAGGAGAAGGAUGAGGAGGGGGAUGCAGCACAGACUCCUCCAGCAUCACCUCCACCUGUUACGGACAGCGCACCACCAGCAGAGGAUUAGGGGGCCGCAGAGGACCUUCUGCACAGUGAUCUCUGAGAACAGACCAGCCAGCAUGGGGGUGGGGUUAACUGUGACCACACCCCUCUCUCUGUGAUUGGCUGCCUUUCCUCUCUCCUUCCCUUUGUCACUCAUACGUGUUUUGCUGUGGAGCGUGCUUGGUGUGUGCGUGUGUGUGUGUGUGUGUGUGUGUGUGUGUGUGUGUGUGUGUGUGUUGCUGCUUUUUUUUUCUAUCUGGACAUUGACACACUGACCUGUUUAGUUGGAGACAAAGGUCCAACACAAAUAGACAAAGCACAGCUGACUUAAUGAAUUCCUUUCAGUCCGGCUUGGUGCUGUUUUCUACUUUGUGUGUGUGUGUAUGUGUGUAUGUGUGUGUGUGUGUGUGUGUGUGCAGGUGUGGGUGAGGGAGAGAGCGAAAGCGUGCGUGUCUGUGUAGGCCUUUGCUGCAGAGCCUAUAGCGUGUUACCAGUCAUACACUGAUGAAUGUAAUGCCAUCCUAAGGUAUUAAGUUCUUUCGAGCCGCACAGAAGCUCGGGUUGCCGGCACAGAUUUGUGAGAGAUGCGUCUCCCAGGCUGGUAUUGUGCCCAGGUUGUGGGAGAUAAAUUGACCUCUUUCUGUUCACUGGAUCUUUUUUUUUCUGGUAACUGUAGAGGGCUCCCGUCUGUAGGAUGUGCCUUCUGUCGGAAUCGCGUCACCCUGACGGAGGCCACCCUGUGCCCUUAGGAUCACCUGACCUUUAGCUCUGUCUGUACCAUUCGCAUCUGCACUGGAUUCUCUGUUUUUUUUCCCCCUGUUGUUUCUUGAGCCUUUGGACCUCCUGGCUCUUUCUGCUCAGCCACACCCCGGCGGUCUGUGCCCAUCUGUCCCCUUUCAGGGGUCUGGCCCCCAUCCCCCCCCCCCCCCCUUGGCUCUCGUCCUUAUUGUCCCAUCCUUUCUGCCCCCCGACAUUAUUUUCCGAUCAUUUCCAUUCCCUGGAUUUCCAGCCAUCAGAAUUACACAAUAGCACCAGCCGGACCUCCCGGGUCGACGCACCGCUGGCUGACAUGUGGCGCUGACCACCAGGAGGAUUGUGGGACUGAACAGGCACCCCUGGCAUGGUGUGGUCCUGUCCACUGGGGACUCCCCCAAUCAGUGUGAUGUCAGAGAACGGGUGACCCCUGAGCGAUGGUGAUCCUGACACGAAACGGGAGGCGACAAGAGCACGAUCCACCCGAGGGGGGUUUGCUCAGCGGGCAGUGCCAGCUCCGCUGCCCUUCAUCCACCGGGUUUCCCUGGAGACGGGACGCCUGGAAUUCCUCACCCAGGUUCAGUUUACGAGCGGUCGAUCACGGGAACGAGACGGGCAAAAAUGAUAGCAAUAGUGUGCGUGACCCUCAGCCUGCACCAGUCUGUCGAACUGUGGGAAUGUACAUAGGGAGGGAAACGCGUGUAAAAUCGGACGAUGCUGCAUGGUUUACGUCCUGUAAAAAAUCCAUCUGCUUCUGAUAUGUUGUCAUGCAAGUUACUGAUGGAAGUUGUUAAUAAAUUGCAAUAAAUGAUUGUACUCUGGGCUUCACUAA